AAUACAUAUUUCUUGAAAAUACAUAUUUCUUGAAAAUACAUAUUUCUUGAGUUGGAUAAUAACGUAGAGGACCUGCGAACUGAACUAAGUGAGAAUAUAACAGAGAACCUGGAGAAGUUUGAGAAGUUUCAACAGAACCAGGAGGAGGAGUACUCUAAACUCUCUCUUCAGCUCCAGGUUUGUAUGAAUGAGAAUAAAAGACUGAAUGAUGAGCUGGUUGAACUGGGUCGGGAACAUGCUGAAACUCUGGAGAAACAUGAAAACCUGCUCGAGAGAUUUAUUCAGUUCAAAGAUAUCUCAGAACUUGCCGCUCAGUCCCAUCAAGAUAAUUUCACGCGGCAACAAUCUGAGCUGAGCAACCUUGCAGAGAAACAACAGGAGUUUGGAAAACUUCAAACAGAAAAGUUUGAAUCCGUCUCUGUUUGUAUCCAAGAACAGUCUCAGGAGUUCCAAACUAGACUUGAUCAGACUAAAUUUGAGAUAGGAAAAAACAUCGAUAGCAUCGAGAAUGAGAGAUUAAAACUCCAGGAGAAGGUUGAAGAACGAUUCUCCGACCUGGAGAAGGAGACUGAGGAUCAGAUUAGACGGAGUACAAAAGCUGAAUCCAGUAUACUCAGCAACCUGGCAGAUAUUCAAUCCUUGAAGGAAGAGAUUGAGACCAGGUUUACAGAGGUUCAGGAGAAACAGAGAGUUAACGAUCAGACCCAUCAAACCAUCAAGCAAGAUCAAGCAGAAUUUCAGGAUAAAACAGAAUCCGCUAUAUCCUCUUUGGAGACUCGGAUCCAGGAGGUUGGAGUAGAGCUAGAACUCAACUCUAAGGAUCAUGUUAAAUUUUCUCAUGAUAUAAACAAAAACAAGGUGUCCCUGGUUAACUAUGAGGAAACCACCCAGAUGGAACUUAACUCCAUCAAUCAAACCCAUGAAGAGCUCAGAAACUCUCACGAACGCCUGAGCAAGGAAGUUGAAGAACAAUCCAAACUUGGAAGAGAAAACCAAACCCGAACCAACAAGAGUUUGAGAGAACUUGGAAACAAUGCGGAGAAGAUAGAACGCAACCUCGAACUUCUUGACUCCGAGGUUAAGAAGAACGAGAGCUCAAGGAAGAACAACGAAACAUCGAUGAACAACAAGGUUGAGUUGAUCACGUCCAAUCAGGAAGAUCAGGGGCAGAUGUUGCAAGGACUGCAGGAGAAACUGAACAAAAACGAGGAGAAGAUGGAGGAGAAUAGAGUCAGUUUCCAGGAGGAGACGGAGAACUUGAUUCAGAAGAACCUGAGUUUGCAGGACGAACUGGAGAGUAAGUUCUCUAACUCCGUAAACCUGAUAGAAACCGUCCAGAGUAAACUAGCUCAGGAUCUGAGUUCUCAAGCCAAUAAUCUCAAGCAGCUACUCAACACAGAGAGCAACCUGGUUUGGACGGACAUGAAUGAGCUAAAGGUUCGGGUUGAGGAGGAGGAGGAGAGGUUUAAUUCUAAAAUAUCCAAGUGUAACAAAGAUCUUGCAGCUUGCAAGGAUGAACUCAUUAUACAGAUUGAGAAAAGUUGCCUAGAACUGGAGAAUAUGGUUGAAUCCCUAGCUUCCGGAGAUAUUGCUCUAGCAGUUAAUGAGAUUAGUAACUUCAGGGGUAGAUUAAAAGAGGUAGACCGGAGAGUAGGAGGGAUGAAGGCUGAGGUAGAUGAGAUGACAAGAGAUCGAAGAAACAAUCUACUUCUUCACGGUCUUCCGCUCCAGAAUGAUGAAACGAUGGAGAGCUUGGCAACUAUCCUGGGAGAACUUGUGAGAACUAAGCUAGGAAUUCGGAGAGAAAUUGUUCUAACCUCACUUACAAGGCUGAAACCAACCCGUGCUGAGGUCGGAGGUUGGCCUCCCAUUGUAAUCUCCUUCCAGCACUUCUACGACAAGGAGGCUGUCCUCAAGAGGUCGGAUAUGUUGGACCGAAGCGGCCUCCUACUCACCGAGGACAUGUCGAGAUCAGUUCGGGAGAAUUGGGGAGAACUAAACAAGUUUAUGAGUAGGGUAAAAUCCCGAUAUCCGACAAGCCAAUGUUUCCUGAAGCAGGACAGACUCUACGUGGAUAACAGGAUGUUUGUCUGGAGAGAGGAGGAGGGACGGGUUACAGAGCAAACCGUUCUCACAUUACCUGCUACACCAGGGAAUAUGUUCCCAGGUCUAAACCUUCAAACCAGAUGUUCGAAUCGACUGAAACUAGAAGAUAUUCAGCAUGGGUUUGAUCCAAAUCAAUAAUCAGUAUUUUUCUACCCUUGGCACCUUCAACCUGUACAAAUCUAAAUGUAUAGAAUAAAGAACUAUGUUGUUGUUUAAUAAAAGUUUAAAGUGCUAAUA